AUGGUAGGCUUGACAACCGAUGGCGCUCCAGCUAUGAUGGGUCGUGAUAAGCGUCUCGUGGGGUUAUAUCGUAAAGAUGAAAGUCUUCCGCAAUUUCUCUGUUACCACUGCAUUAUCCGUCAGCAAGCAUUAUGUGGACAUUUUCUAAAACUAAACAACGUUAUGAAAUUGGUUGUAAAAAUUGUGAACAAGAUUAGAGCUCAAGCGUUGCAAAGAAGAUUAUUCAAAACCUGGGCGGAUGAAAUUGACUGUCAAUACGGGAAACUACUUCUUCACUCUGAAGUCCGAUGGUUAAGUAGGGGACAAGUCCUGAAACGUUUUAAUGAUAUCAUAUCUGCCAUAGUUCAAUUUUUCAAACAACGUGAUGAACCGAUUCCGGAACGGGAAAAUUCAAUCUGGCUUAGAGAUUUUUAUUUUCUUGUGGAUAUUACAGAGAAAUUAAAUGAACCUGAUUUGCAGCUUCAGGGGAUAGACAAAGAAAUAGCAGAAAUGAUUUCUGAUAUAAAAGCGUUUAUCAAAAAGCUUGAGUUUUGGGAACAAAACCUAAUCGAUGGCGAUACCAGGUAUUUUCCUGUUCUUUCAGAAAAGGUAUCUCAAAGUCCGUUAGAUCCAUAUGACAGUAAAUAUCAUGUAGAAAUAGUCUCUAACUUGAAGGAUUACUUCAAAAAUCCUUUCAAAGAUUUCAACGAAAUUGUUAUAGUGGCGCAAUUUGUUGUUUCAGCCUUCAUGGGAAUUGAUAUCCAACAAUUUGCAAUUUCUUUAACGCAGAAUUUUAGCGAAGACAUCGCUUCGACAGAAUUGCGUUUCAAAAUGAUUUAG